AACCUGCCUAAACCCAUAUAAAUAUAAAAUAAUGGGAAAAUGUUGUGUUACACAAUUACAACCCAUAGGGAUGGGUUUGGCGCACGUUAUUGAAUGAACAAAUUUAUAGGCCAACAAACGAUCCAGAUUGAAAUUGCCACCUCCGGACAAAGAUCAUUAUUUAGUCCAAUUUUACUACAAGUGAAAGGGCAAGUACUUAAAACAGGAAAUAUAAACACCACCAUGUGACGCCUCAAGCCCCUCCACUACCAAAUGGGAGACCUUUGGAACGCGUCAAAGUUCCGUGAGCAUUUCUUCUUUCCCUUUCGACAUACCUUCUCUGAUCUGUUGUGAUGAACUUCUUUGCUUGUGAUGAACUUCUUUGUUUGUACCUACGCAUAUUAAUAUAAUUAGCAGUAUUCUUGAUAUCCCAAACACAAGUUCAAUCGCCCGUUUUGUUCUUUAACACCAAAGAUAACAAAGCUCGCUCUCUCUCUGUGCCCGCGUGCAUGUAUGUGUGUACAUAUGCAUGUAUGUACCUAUGGUGUGCUAUAAAUACAUGGCUGCCGAAGAACUAACACACACCCAUUAAGUUCUUUCCACCAGUUCUACAAGCAUGGCUUUUAUGCUGAUUGUCACUCUCAUUUGCAUCUUUAACUCUUACCCCACCAUGGGGCAAAGAGAGAAAUUUUCACUUUGAAGUGAAAAAGCCAAGCAUUUUGGAAACCUACAUUGUCCACGUAAAUGUUCCAGAGGAACAAGAUUUCUCUGGCCCCGAAGUUGUUAAAAAGUAUUACCAGUCAUUCUUGCCUGCAUCCUCCCGUAUGAUUUAUUCCUAUCACCACGUCAUUCAUGGUUUCGCGGCGAGAUUGUCUGCUGAGGAGGUUAAAGAAAUGGAAAAGAUGGACGGGUUUGUGUCAGCUCGACCCGCAAGAGUAUAUAAUCUACACACAACUCACAGCCCUAGCUUCUUGGGGUUGCACCAAAAUUUGGGGGUUUGGUUGGGAUCAAACUAUGGAAAGGGAGUGAUUAUUGGAGUUUUGGACUCCGGAAUCACCCCAAACCACCCUUCAUUCAACGAAGAGGGAAUGCCGCCCCCGCCUGCUAAAUGGAAAGGGAAGUGCGAGUUUAAAGGGAUGGCGUGCAACAACAAACUCAUUGGAGCAAGAAAUUUUGUUGACGAUGACUUGCCUCCGUUCGAUUACGACGGACACGGGACCCAUACAUCCAGCACUGCGGCCGGAAAUUUUGUGAGCAGCGCAAAUUGCUUUGGACAAGCCAAUGGCACGGCGUCGGGGACGGCGCCCCUUGCUCACCUGGCAAUUUACAAAGUUUGUGGCGUAUUCGAAUGUUAUGAAUCCAGCAUUUUGGCAGGGAUGGACGCAGCAGUUGAGGAGGGUGUCGACAUCCUAUCCCUCUCCAUUGGUGGCCCCUCCCACCCUUUCCAUUCAGACAUCAUUCCGAUAGGCGCCUUCCGUGCAAUACAAAAGGGCAUUUUCGUGAGUUGCUCAGCCGGUAACUAUGGUCCGAACAAAACUAUGUUAUCAAACGAAGCUCCGUGGAUUCUAACAGUCGGCGCAAGCACCAUAGACAGAAACAUAAGAUCCACGGCAAUAUUAGGAAACAAGGAGAAAUACGACGGCGAGUCCUUAUUCCAGCCCAAUGACUUCCCUUCAACUUUGCUGCCCCUUAUCUACGCCGGAGUAAAUAAUCCAAACUCUGCUUCAUGCGUAGGGUCCUUGAACACCACCAACGUCAAAGGAAAGGUAGUGUUAUGCGAGAGAAGCGAAUCCAUAGACCCAGUUGAUCAAGGGCAGAUAGUGAAGAAUGCAGGUGGUGCCGCCAUGAUUCUCAUGAACCAAGAGAUAGAGGGGUACAGUACAUUUGCCAACGCGCAUGUUUUACCCGCAACACAUGUGAGUUACGCUGCCGGAGUUAAUAUCAAAGAGUACAUAAAUUCAACAAGUAAUCCCAUGGCGACACUCUUGUUCAAAGGAACGGUAAUAGGAAUCAAAACAGCUCCUAUGGUUACUUGCUUCUCAUCUAGAGGCCCAAACUACGCAAGCCCAGGCAUCUUAAAACCCGACAUCAUUGGACCCGGCGUCAGUAUUCUAGCCGCAUGGGACGUCCCUGUUGAUAACAAGACCAGAACAAGAUCGACAUUUAACGUAAUUUCUGGAACGUCCAUGUCUUGUCCCCACCUUGCCGGCAUCGGGGCUUUGCUCAAGAGUGCACAUCCGGAUUGGUCGCCAGCAGCUAUAAAAUCUGCAAUCAUGACCACUGCCGAUUUGGUAAACCUCAACCAAAAUCCCAUCGUUGAUGAAAGGAUGCUUCCGGCAAACAUCUUUGCUACCGGUUCGGGCCAUGUCAACCCGUCGAAAGCCAAUGAUCCAGGACUUAUCUACGAUAUUAAACCGGAGGAUUACAUACCUUACCUGUGUGGUUUGAACUACACCGACCAAGAGGUUGGGCUCAUUACAAGGAGGAAAGUGAAGUGCGCGGAAGUAGGAAGUAUACGUGAAGCAGAGCUAAAUUAUCCUUCAUUUGCUAUCGCUCUUGGUUCCACCGAUCAGACGUAUACAAGGACAGUGACAAAUGUGGAGCCAGCUAAUUCAUUUUAUGGCUCCUUCAUUGUUCAUCCACCUGGUGUUACUGUGACCCUCGAUCCUGAUACACUUGAAUUCUCAAGGACGAACCAGAAAAUGACAUACAAAGUGACAUUUCGCCGCUGCCGCUCAGCCAGCCCCAAGAAAACCUAUGUCGAAGGAUUUCUAGCCUGGAUACCUGUUAACAGCAAAUACGCAGUUAAAAGCCCAAUUUCUGUAAAUUUGGUUUAAGGAACAAGCUGCAGGGUCUCAGGCCAGGCAUAAGUUAUCUCAAGUGGAAAAAGCAACAAUAUGGUGAGUAGUGAUAUCAACAAAUCUGACAACCAGAAAUGUCUUCAAAAGUUGCAAAUUAAGACGAAGAUAUUAUUUUCAUGUUAUCGAAUGAACUAUUUGAAAUGGUGA